UGCGUCGAAUGUAGAAGACGUCACGGGACUGUUCUGUUCGUAGUGCCUGUCAGUGACCGAGUCGGUGCGUUUGUGGUGAGUACAGGAAAGGUUGGCGGUGAUGUCGUCACUGUCGGAAAUGGAAAAAGAAUUGUGGGUAGCGGUGGAGAGAGGUGAUAUUGAGUCAGUAACGCGUCUUUUGGAGUUGGAUGUUGAUAUCAAUAGUCGUGAUAAGUAUGGGGACACUCUUCUGAUACUAGCGUGUUGGGAGGCGAACAAGGAGAUGGUCAAGUUUCUACUCUCUAAAUCAGCAGAUGUUAAUGGGACUGGUGAUGAUGGAUUUACAGCUUUGAUUGUAUCUGCACUCGAGGGAUCAGAAGAUAUUGUUGAUCUAUUACUGAAUGUCAAAGAUAUUAAUGUGAUGAAGAAGACUAAUGGUGAGGGAAUGACAGCCAUCCAUUGUGCUGCAAAGUAUAAUCACGUGACCAUUGUAGAGAGACUUUUGUCUUGUUCUGUUUCUGUUGAUAUCAAUGAUAAUGAUGAUUGUACACCACUGUGGUUUGCUGCCUGUCAUGGUCAUGUGCGUUGUGUUGAUGUUCUUCUAAAACAUGGAGCGAGUCCCCAACAUGCGAGUGAGUGGGAUGGAUCACCACUGUAUAUUGCCAAGCGAUGUGGUCACAGUGAUGUGGUUGAGAUGAUGGAAGAAGCCAUAAGAUUGAGAUGUCAUCCCUAUAUGGAAGGUUAUGUGUCUGUUAUCAAACAUCAAUAUCAAGAGAAAAUUGCUGAACUGCAGAGUGAAGUGGAGAAGAUGAAAGAAGAAUUAAGACAAUCAUUCCUGGUCCAGGAGAGUGAAGUGACGAGAUUAAGAACCAAGAUCCAAGAGAAAGAGGAGGAAAUGAGAUGUCUCGUGUCUGCUCUUGCUACUGUUAGCAGAAUGGCAAGCGAGAAAUUUGCUGAAAGUCACACUACUUCGGAUGAAUUUUGCUUAUCACAGCCACCAGAGGAUGUGAUGUAUGCAGUCAGUGCUCUUGCCUGUGAUCAGUGGAGUGAUGUUGGACUCGAAUUAGGAUACACAAUGCCUGAACUCAACUCAUUCACUUCAUUAAUUACUGCAUCUCACAGCAAGCUACACGCCAUACUGAGAACCAAAGCUGCUGCUGUCGGUACUAGCAAUGUUGUUGGUAUCAUCUUGUCUGCUUGUCAGCGUAUUUCCAUUCCAAUUUGUGCUGCUGCGAUAAGAGAUGAGGUGGUUAAACGUCAAGAGAGACUGAGAGCACAGAACGGUGGACAAUAGAAUAAUUGACUUUGUCACUUUGUUGUCUGCAUGGCUGAUCAUAUGGUUUAUUGUUCAGUGAUAGAUUAGCAAGUCCAUUUUUGUUGUUUGUAAUGCUUCAAUCAUCUUGCUAUUUGUAUGUUAGCGCUUUUUAUGUUUAAGACAAGGUAUAAUAGUUUACACCAAAUUUUGAAAUAAACCACAUGUUGUUUGUA